UUUAUGUGAUGUGACUUAUAAUAAUAUGACUGUGCUCAUCAUAUUAAGUUGUAAAUUAGUCAUACGGACUGAAUGCCACCAAAAAGGUUGGCGGCAGCGCAGGAGGCGGCGGGCGCGCAGGCUCGCGCGGCGCCAGCUGAUACCAUGGGCGGCGCGCACCAGCCCGCUACUCCGGGGCCCACCUCGCUCUUUAUAUUAACCGACGAAAACCCUAUUCGGAGGUAUACAAAGUUCAUCAUCGAGUGGCCACCCUUCGAGUACGCGGUGCUGCUUACCAUCAUCGCCAACUGCGUGGUGCUGGCGCUGGAAGAGCAUCUGCCCAACGGCGAUAAGACCAUCUUAGCACAGAAUCUGGAAAAGACCGAGGCGUACUUUUUAGGAAUAUUUUGUGUAGAAGCCUCGUUAAAAAUUUUAGCCUUAGGUUUUGUUUUACACAGGGGUUCUUAUCUUAGAAACAUUUGGAACAUUAUGGAUUUUUUCGUUGUAGUAACUGGUAUCAUCACGCAGCUGCCAAUCGCGCCCGCAGACGUCGACUUCAGGACCUUGCGUGCCAUUAGGGUGCUGAGGCCCCUUAAAUUAGUAUCGGGCGUUCCUAGUUUGCAAGUUGUAUUGAAGUCGAUCAUCAAGGCGAUGGCUCCGUUGCUGCAGAUUGGCCUUUUGGUGCUUUUUGCAAUCGUCAUAUUUGCUAUCAUUGGCCUCGAGUUUUAUUCUGGGGCGCUACAUAAGACUUGUUAUAACUUAGAAGAUAUUAAUGAAAUAGUGAAUGAUGGCGAAAGUCCAACACCGUGUAAUGCCGAUAAUGAAACGCUAGCACCACACGGGGCGUAUGUUUGUGCAUAUGAUAAGAGCACCUGCCUGGAAAAGUGGGAGGGGCCGAAUAAAGGCAUCACCUCGUUCGACAAUAUCGGCUUCGCUAUGCUCACUGUCUUCCAGUGUAUCACAAUGGAGGGCUGGACCGCCAUCCUCUAUUGGACGAAUGACGCGUUAGGUAGUACAUUUAAUUGGAUCUACUUUGUGCCUCUUAUAGUAUUGGGUUCAUUCUUUAUGCUCAACUUAGUUCUCGGUGUCCUUAGCGGUGAAUUCGCUAAAGAAAGAGAGAAAGUAGAAAAUAGACAAGAAUUUCUUAAAUUAAGAAGACAACAAUUACUAGAGAGAGAACUCAACGGUUAUGUUGAGUGGAUAUGUAAAGCAGAGGAAGUAAUAUUAGCAGAAGAAAGGACGACUGAAGAAGAGAGAAUGCACAUAAUAGAAGCUCGGAGAAGAGCAGCGGCUAAAAAGAAAUUAAAAAAUCUGGGAAAAAGUAAAAGUACAGAUACUGAAGAGGAAGAACAGGACGAAGACUGUGGGGACGACGUUACAAAGAAAAAGCAAGGUUUUUUGAAAAGCAAAGCGCGUUCGGCCGGUAAAUGUGCGGACUUCUGGAGAGCGGAAAAGAGGUUUCGAUUUUGGAUAAGACAUACGGUCAAAACGCAAUGGUUUUAUUGGUUCGUCAUCGUACUGGUGCUUUUCAACACGAUAUGCGUAGCCGUCGAGCACUAUAGACAACCUAAGUGGCUUACUUCAUUUUUAUACUAUGCCGAAUUUGUGUUCUUGGGGUUAUUCAUGAUGGAAAUGUGGGUGAAAAUGUAUGCCCUCGGGCCGCGCAUUUACUUUGAGUCCUCAUUCAACCGCUUCGACUGUGUAGUCAUAUCUGGUUCCAUUUUCGAAGUAGUCUGGUCAGAAGUAAAAGGCGGCUCUUUCGGCCUCUCAGUCCUUAGGGCUUUGAGAUUGCUGAGGAUAUUUAAGGUCACAAAAUAUUGGGUGUCGCUACGUAAUCUUGUGAUAUCUCUUCUAAACUCAAUGAGAUCUAUUAUCUCGUUGCUGUUCCUUCUGUUCUUGUUCAUACUGAUCUUUGCUCUGCUGGGUAUGCAGUUAUUCGGUGGUCAAUUCAACUUUGAAGACGGCACACCGGCCACUAAUUUCAACACCUUUCCGAUCGCGUUGCUUACUGUCUUCCAGAUUUUAACAGGCGAAGAUUGGAACGAAGUGAUGUAUUGUGGGAUCCAAUCUCAGGGUGGUAUUCAAAGGGGGAUGAUUUACUCGCUGUACUUUGUCAUUCUUGUAUUAUUUGGUAACUACACCCUGCUGAAUGUGUUUCUUGCCAUCGCCGUCGACAACUUGGCCAAUGCACAGGAGUUAACCCAAGCUGAAGAAGAACAAGAAGAGGAAGAUAAGGAGAAACAGAAUAAAAAAGAAAAGGAUGAGAAAAAGGAAGAAGAAGAGAUACCAGAUGGACCAAAACCAAUGCUGCCAUAUUCGUCCAUGUUUGUUUUGUCACCGACUAAUCCCAUAAGAAGAGGCGCACACUGGAUUGUAAAUUUAAGAUAUUUUGAUUUUUUUAUUAUGGUAGUUAUUUGUAUGAGUUCUGUGGCAUUAGCAGCCGAAGACCCCGUAGUCGAAGAGAGUACAAGAAAUAAAGUGUUGAACUAUUUCGACUACGCAUUUACGGGGGUGUUCACUGUGGAGAUGCUGUUGAAGAUUGUGGAUCUCGGCAUCUUGUUCCAUCCGGGCGCGUACUUACGCGACCUAUGGAACAUUAUGGAUGCUGCGGUCGUUAUAUGCGCCCUUGUCAGCUUCGGUUUUGAGAUCGGAGGUGUGAAAAAAGGGGCGGGGCAAAAUUUGUCCACAAUAAAAUCGUUAAGAGUGUUAAGAGUGCUCAGACCUUUAAAAACUAUUAAACGUGUUCCAAAGUUAAAAGCAGUGUUUGACUGUGUUGUGAACUCUUUGAAAAAUGUCAUUAACAUUCUCAUAGUGUAUAUAUUGUUUCAAUUCAUAUUUGCUGUAAUUGCGGUUCAACUUUUUAAUGGUAAAUUUUUUCACUGCAACGAUAUCAGUAAGAAUACUUUAGAAGACUGCCAAGGAUCGUAUUUUGUCUACGAGCCAAGCAGUUUGCUGCCGCGAGUCGAAAAGCGGCUGUGGAGAACGCAAUCAUUCCACUACGACAACGUUGCGUCCGCGAUGCUGACGCUCUUCGCGGUGCAGACGGGGGAAGGUUGGCCACAAGUAUUACAAAAUUCAAUGGCUGCCACGUACGAAGACAGGGGACCUAUACAAAACUUUCGAAUAGAAAUGUCCAUAUUUUAUAUAGUUUACUUUGUGGUGUUUCCGUUCUUCUUUGUUAAUAUAUUCGUAGCUUUGAUUAUUAUUACAUUUCAAGAGCAGGGUGAAGCUGAGUUACAAAACGGUGAAAUUGAUAAGAAUCAGAAAUCGUGUAUAGACUUCACGAUAGAAGCCCGACCUCUAGAGAGGUAUAUGCCAAGUAAAAGAGGGAGUCUUAAGUACAAAGUGUGGAGGAUAGUAGUCUCUACGCCUUUUGAGUAUUUCAUCAUGGCACUCAUUGUGCUCAAUACAUUAUUGCUCAUGAUGAAGUACUAUAAUCAAAAUGACGUCUACGCGGAUAUCCUCAAGUAUUCGAAUAUGGGGUUUACUGGAAUGUUUUCCGUGGAAACAGUGUUGAAAAUCAUCGCUUAUGGUGUCAAAAAUUUUUUCAAAGACCCUUGGAAUACAUUUGAUUUUAUAACGGUCAUUGGAAGUAUUAUUGAUGCCCUCAUUAUGGAGUUUGGCAGUGACCUUGCCGAAAACUGUGCUGCUGACAUAUCCUGUCAGCAGGAAAACACUUUCAACGUCGGUUUUCUCCGCCUGUUUCGAGCCGCGCGACUGAUCAAGCUGCUUCGACAGGGUUAUACUAUUCGAAUACUUCUCUGGACGUUCGUGCAGAGUUUCAAAGCCUUACCCUAUGUGUGCCUUCUCAUUGCGAUGCUAUUCUUCAUCUAUGCCAUCAUUGGGAUGCAGGUAUUUGGCAAUAUAGAAUUAGCAGCCGAAUCAGAUAUGAACAGACAUAACAAUUUUCGGAGCUUUAUCCAAGCGCUUAUGUUAUUAUUUAGGUGUGCUACGGGUGAAUCAUGGCCGAAUAUUAUGCUAGCUUGUUUAAAGCCAGCCAAAUGUGAUAAGGCAGCUGAUAAGCCUCCAAAUGAAUCCUGUGGAAGCACUCUCGCUUAUGCUUAUUUCGUUUCUUUUAUAUUCUUCUGUUCUUUUCUUAUGUUAAAUUUGUUCGUUGCCGUCAUUAUGGAUAAUUUUGAUUAUUUGACAAGAGACUCUUCUAUUUUGGGAGCACAUCAUUUAGACGAAUUUGUUAGAAUAUGGGCUGAAUAUGAUCCAAACGCAACAGGAAAAAUCCAUUACACUGAAAUGUACGAUAUGUUAAAAAACAUGGAUCCACCACUAGGAUUCGGUAAUAAGUGUCCAAACAGACUAGCUUUCAAAAAAUUAAUAAGAAUGAACAUGCCGCUGGACGAAGAGGGGAAAGUUAAUUUUACGACAACGCUUUUUGCCUUAAUUCGAGAAAACCUCAGCAUCAAAAUGAGAUCCGCUCAAGAAAUGGACCAAGCCGAUGAAGAUCUCAGAGAAACAAUAACCCACAUUUGGCCACUUCAAGCGAAGAAGAUGUUAGACUUGCUGGUGCCUCGAAGAGACGUUCUCAAUGCUGGAAAACUGACUGUCGGAAAGAUUUACGCUGGGCUCAUCAUCAUAGAGAACUGGCGAACGACAAGGUUUAAACCGGAUGAAAAUAGGGGCCAGGCAUUCAGCGAGAAUAGCCCAACGGCCAAUCAGCCGAAGGCGUCCUUGUUUAACUGCCUGAUGGAUGUUGCUGCCGGACUGGGCCCUGGUUCGCGGACGGGCUCUCUAACUCAUGAGAUCCCAGCACUUACCAAUGGUCACCCUGAAGACCCACAUUCUUUAGCAAACCUCGCCAAACAACGCUCUUCAAGAAGAUCUCUCAAGAACAACAAAAAGAUAUUGGAGUUGCAAGAUGUGGGAUCACACCACGCGUCCAUGGAAUCAUUAGACGAAGCAAGAUUACAGGCUCCUCACACAUACCAAAAUGGACACCAUGGAAGAUCAUCCAGUUUAAGACGAAGUCCAAGUCCGAGACGAAGAGGGCACUACGGAGGUUACCAUCACGAUAUUGGCUUCUCCGACACAGUCAACAACGUCGUCGAGAUAGUCAAACACGAACAUCACAGACAUGGUCGAACACACAGAGCACCGCACCACUACCACCCACAUGCAGGGAAGGAGUGGAGGGCGCCGUAUCCCACGACCAGCCUGAGCCAGCCCUCGCGAUCGCCCAGCCCGCCACACCACACCUACGGUGGAGACCGCGAGCGCGAGAGGGAGCGCGAGUGGCGGGAGUGGCGCGAGCGGUCGUGGGAGCGCGAGGGAGGCAGGCGCGGCCGCGGCCGGCAGCUGCCGCCGACGCCGACGAAGCCGUCCACCUUACAUGUAAAGCAACAAGCACCGUUUUCAAGAAUAAGCCACAGUCCUUCGCACUUAUCAUUGAGGCACACAACGAGAGAACCGUUAGAGCCUUUACACGACGAGUACGAGUACGGCAGAGAAGUUGAAAGACUGAUACACCGAGACUAUAGAUCUAGAGAAAGUCUCAAUGAAACCGGGCGUGAGUUCGGCAGGCGCGGAUGGGGCUACGAGUCGGACCGCGGCACGCGCGCGUACGAGGCGCCGCUGAGCUACGAGGCGGCGCUGGCGCUGGGGCGCGGCGGCGGCGCGCGCGCGCUGCCGUCGCCCGCCACCGCGCCGCGCCUGCCCAACGGGUACAAGCCGCGCGCGCGGCACUCCGACUCCGACGAGGACGACUGGUGCUAGCGGCGCCGCCGCGCGCGCUCCCAGCGGGACGUGCGCGCGUCCCCCGCGCCCCUGGCGCCCGCCGUGCACGCGCACACCUUCUGACUGCUCGGGACGGUUCGCGUGCCCGCUCGCGCUCGCGUGUGUCUAGUCACGGACGACUUUCGCCGCUCGCCGCCCCGGACGCGCCGGCGCGACCGGCCCUCCGCGGCCCCCGAGUGUCCGAAUUCUAGUAUUUACAAAGUUUUGGAAAAUUUAAUUUUUAAUUCGCUAAAAAUUUUACUCUUUAAUUUAUAUUACGGUUAAGGUAUUCGAGUUAUGAAACAGUGCCAGGCAACUCGUUUGCGCUAGGAUUUUUACAUAAAAUGAAGUUAUUAGUCUGUAUUGUAAAAGUAAAACUUUCUAUAUUAAAUUUGCACUUCAUAAAGUCUACAUAAUAUAUCGCCUGCUGAAACAACAGACGCCGAGGUCCUCGCCGACGACGACGGCCCCGCUCGGUGCGGAGACGUACGGUCCGCGCCCGUCACUGCACGGUCCCGUAACUGUGCCGAGUUCUCGAGCACCGCACGAGCUCGUGCGGAGAGGUCCGGCUCGCACCCGUCACCACACGGUGCCGUAACUACGCCGAGUUCUCGAGCGCCGUACCGAGUUCGUGCGGAGACGUACGGUCCGGCCGCCUCGCACACGGUCCCGUAACCGUGCCGAGUUCUCGAACACCGCAACGAGCUUGUGCGGAGACGUACAGUCCGCGCCCGUCGCCGUACGGUCCCACUACGCCAAGUUCUUGAGCGCCGCACCGAGCUCGUUUCAUGUUCAAAUUAGACGUUGGGGCAACCUAGCAUUUCAUCGUCGGAACAAAUUAAUAAGUACUAGAAAUGUAUAAAAUAUUUACAUAGCGAAUAAUUUUUACUUAGUUAAUAUUAUAUACUAAAUAAAAGUUGAACAUUUUUUAUUGAAUUUGCUGUCCUUCCCCCAAGUGCUUUAUAUCUAUGUUAUUUAAAUUUAAAUACAAUUAAAUAAAUAAAUAUGAAUUAUUGUAUGUAAACUUUGAUGAAUACUUCAGAAUAUUAUUACUUAAAUUGUUAAAUCGUGUGUAGGCCAGUCAAUAGGUAUCCUAGUGUUUUGUUACAUUUGGCAAUGGAGGACGAUGUAGAUACGGGUUUGGAAAAGAAAACGCAAUCUCAGUAACGUACUCGUACCAAUCAUAGUGUUGUGUUACAAUAAUUUAUCGGUUUUAAUACUUUCUUUUGCAACGUCUGUCGCAAAACAAGUCAGCCAGACCAAAUGUGACAAGAUCUUCUACGCAAUCGCUUGACUGGAUUAAUAAUGAUAUAAUAUUGUUUAAAUAGAUUUUGUCGCCUGGUUAGGAAGAGUAUUUUAUAUUAUUUAGGUAACAUUUAAUCAUCCAUAGACCAAGUAUAUUUAAAACUGUUUAAAUUUUGAAAAUUUUAAUAGAAUAUCAGCAUUGAAAUAUAAACGCAUCAAGAUUAUCUUCUGAAACUUAAACGUAUAUAGAUAAAUAAUUACGAUUAAAUGAGAUGCAUUAAUCCUACUCCCAUAGUGUUCACUGUGAUUAAAAUUUGUAAUUCAAGAUCUCAUUAUUAAAAUUAUUGCAUACUAAUUUUAAUUAGCUCCAAAAGCUUUACACUAAAUUGUAAGCAAUCAGUAAUUCGAAUUGUUAAAACCUGUACGAUAUUAAAAUUGUUCUAAAUGUCAUUACGGUGACCAGGCACAAAAUCGAAGCCACAGACUGAAUUGGUUUACAACUUUUAAGUUCACGGCCGAAAGAACUAGGAUGGGGUCACUUAUAAAUACAUCGUCGGAAUAUCUGCCUUCUAUAAUCUUUUUUACUGCUUACUGCUAAUAAAGGGAUUCGUUAAUGCAUCCAGUGUUUAACUGAUCUUUGGUUUUUAUUAUAAUAAAUAUUUUAUAUUAAUUAUUAUUAAUUAAUUUUAAUAAAUAUUUUUUUAAAUAAAAACUAUCUAUUGGAAUAUGACCGCAACAAUUUCUUAGCUUUAAAAGCAUCUAACUUCUACCAUUGUUUUCUCCUUUUAUGAUGUAAGUUAACUAUGAGUGACCCUUAUACAAAAAUAAACAUUGUGUUUCAAUUCCUAUAUUAAAAUUCCUUGACUAUCAAUAUAAUUUUAUUUGUGAUAAGUAGUAAGCCAAUUCUGGUACGAUCACUAAGAUUCAUCGUGUAAUAAUUAAACCUGGUACAUGGUCCAUUGUCAUUUUCACUAAAAGCGUGAGCAAAUACCUCGAACAUUAUCAUCGGCAUUAUUGGGAUUUACUUC